UUCGCUACAACAUCCAGAGUAGCGCAGAAUCCCUGCAGCGGAAAGACGCAAACUUUGUCUGCGUUCCUCACAGAGCUCAGACGUCUGAACCCACUGACGCCAUUGUAGCCCCCCCCCCCGCUGUCAUGUCUGGAACACUCCGACUGUCCACGCUCAGACUCCUCAGCAGCCGCAGCAGCGUCUGCUCUCCAGCCAGGCUGACCAACCGGUGCCAGGCCCGAACCCGCCGGCUGCACUCCAGCGCGGGUCAUGCCCUGCCCAGACUGCCGUUCUCCACGGUGACACCCGAGGACGUGGACUUCUUCAAGACCGUGUUACCCGGCCGGGUGGUCACCGACCCCGACCUGCUGGAGUCCAGUAACGUGGACUGGCUGAAGUCGGUGAAAGGCUCCAGUGAAGUUCUGCUACGGCCCCAGACCACAGAGGAAGUCUCUCAGAUCCUCAGGUUCUGCAACAGUCGUAAUCUGGCGGUGAACACUCAGGGGGGGAACACGGGUCUGGUGGGGGGCAGCGUGCCGGUGUACGAUGAGAUCAUUCUGUCCACGGCGCUCAUGAACAACGUCCUGAGCUUCGACAACAUUUCCGGAAUCCUCACCUGCCAGUCCGGCUGCGUCCUGGAGAACCUCUCCAGCUACCUGGAGGAGCGGGAGCACGUCAUGCCGCUGGACCUGGGCGCCAAAGGCAGCUGCCACAUCGGGGGGAACGUGGCCACCAAUGCCGGCGGCCUCCGGCUGCUGCGCUAUGGCUCCCUGCACGGGACGGUUCUGGGCAUAGAAGUGGUGUUGGCGAGUGGCCAGGUGUUGGACUGUCUGGCCACUCUGCGCAAAGACAACACGGGGUACGACCUGAAACAGCUCUUCAUCGGCUCGGAGGGGACGCUGGGCGUCAUCACCGCCGUCUCCAUCCUGUGUCCUCGCAAGCCUCGCUCCGUCAACGUGGUGUUCUUAGGCUGUGAAACCUUCCCCCAGCUGCUGCGGACCUUCCAGCUGGCCCGAGGCAUGCUGGGAGAGAUUCUGUCCGCCUUCGAGUUCCUGGACGCCGAGUGUAUGAGGCUGCUGAACACACACCUGAGGCUGCUCAACCCCAUCUCUGAGAGCCCGUUCUACGUCCUCAUAGAGACGUCGGGGUCCGACCCCGAACACGACGGAGCGAAGCUGCACGCCUUCUUGGAGCAGGCGAUGACAUCAUCACUGGUGGCUGACGGAACCGUAGCCACGGAGGAGUCCAAAAUCAAGGCACUGUGGUCACUGCGUGAACGAGUCACUGAGGCUUUGACUCACGAUGGCUUCACCUACAAGUACGACGUCUCCCUGCCCGUGGAGAAGAUUUACCAGCUGGUGCUGGACAUGAGGGCGCACCUGGGGGACCGGGCCAAGAGCGUGGUGGGCUACGGUCACGUGGGAGAUGGAAACCUCCACCUGAACAUCACCUCUCCUGCCAGAGACCCGGCGCUGCUGGCUGCCAUUGAGCCCUUCGUCUACCAGUGGACGUCCGGCUGCCAGGGCAGCGUCAGCGCAGAGCAUGGUCUGGGUCUGAAGAAGAGGAACUACAUCUACUACAGCAAAGCCCGGCCGGCCGUGGCGCUGAUGCGGGACAUCAAGACCAUGAUGGACCCGCGAGGGAUCCUCAACCCGUACAAGACUCUGCCGGACGACCUCCAGUGACGGUAGCUGACGCUGGAGCUGACACCAUCAGGCUCUCACACCUUUGCCGAUCCCCACUGAGCUGCACCUGUUUCUAAGGUUUUGAUCAUUACUGAAGAACACUGAACUGUCCAUGUUGUUGUGUGUACUGAUGUGAAUGUUCAGACACUUUUACUUAA